AAGCGCCAGAGAGCCGAGAGACAGGGCAGCUCGCCCCGGAGCGAGGGAGUGAGUGCGGGCCACGCGUGCAGCGGGGCUCCCUCCACCCCGGGGUCCGACCUGACAUGGCUCAAGCCGCCAAGCAGCUGAAGAAGAUCAAAGAUGUGGAGGCUCAGGCGCAUCUCGAGCUGGAGAAGAAGGAGGAGGAGAAACGGAAGAAGAGGAACCGUUCCCGGGAGCGCAAGAAAAAGGCCGAUGCUGCAACCAGUUUCCUCAGGGCUGCAAGAUCAGGAAACUUGGACAAACUCCUCGACCACUUAAAGAAUGGGGCGGAAAUCAACACGUGUAACCAGAAUGGGCUUAAUGCCCUCCACCUGGCCUCCAAGGAAGGGCAUGUCAAGGUGGUGUCGGAGCUGCUGCACAACGGCAUCGAUCUGGAAGCCGUGACAAAGAAAGGGAACACAGCUCUGCACAUUGCAGCACUGGCUGGACAGGAGCAGGUGGUGAAGGAACUUGUUGACUAUGGAGCCAACAUUAACGCUCAGUCGCAGAAAGGAUUCACUCCACUUUACAUGGCAGCCCAGGAGAACCACCUGGAGGUUGUGAAGUUUCUUCUUGAAAAUGGCGCCAACCAAAAUACUGCAACCGAGGAUGGAUUCACACCCUUGGCCGUUGCGCUGCAGCAGGGGCACGAGAACGUUGUGGCUCACCUGAUAAGCCAUGGGACGAAGGGGAAGGUGUGCCUGCCGGCCUUGCACAUCGCUGCACGGAAUGAUGACACCCGGACUGCAGCCGUCCUCCUGCAGAACGACCCCAACCCUGACGUGCUGUCCAAGACUGGCUUCACUCCGCUCCACAUCGCAGCACACUAUGAGAAUCUGAACGUAGCUCACAUGCUGCUGACCAGAGGGGCCAACGUCAACUUUACUCCCAAGAAUGGAAUCACAGCACUACACAUUGCUUCCCGGAGAGGGAACACAAAUAUGGUCAGGUUCCUGCUGGAUCGUGAAGCUCAGAUUGAUGCGCGGACAAAGGAUGAGCUGACGCCUCUUCACUGCGCUGCCAGGAAUGGCCACGUGCAGAUUGCUGAGAUUCUACUGGAUCGCAACGCUCCGAUUAUGGCCAAAACCAAGAACGGCCUCUCCCCCAUCCAUAUGGCAGCGCAGGGCGACCACCUGGACUGCGUCCGCCUCCUGCUCCAGUACCAAGCCGAAAUCGACGAUGUCACGCUCGAUAACCUGACCCCACUCCACGUGGCGUCUCACUGUGGGCAUCACAAGGUGGCCAAGGUCCUCCUGGACAAGGGAGCAAAGCCCAGUGCCCGAGCCCUGAAUGGCUUCACCCCACUGCAUAUUGCAUGCAAGAAGAAUCAUAUCAGGGUGAUGGACUUGCUCCUGAAACAUGGAGCAUCGCUGGAGGCUGUAACUGAGUCAGGGCUGACACCACUCCAUGUCGCUGCCUUCAUGGGAAACCUGAAUAUUGUCACCAAGUUACUACAGCAUGGAGCCUCUCCUAACGUAUCCAACGUGAAAGUAGAGACUCCGUUGCACAUGGCAGCAAGAGCGGGCCAGACAGAGGUGGCACGGUUUUUACUCCAAAACAAGGCUCAAGUCGAUGCCAAAGCCAAAGAUGAUCAGACUCCCCUGCACUGUGCCGCUCGCCUGGGCCACCUGGACGUCAUCAAGCUUUUGCUGGAGAACGGAGCGUGCCCGAAAUCGGCGACUACUGCAGGCCAUACACCCCUGCACAUCGCCUCGCGGGAGGGGCAUGUGGAAGUCGCGGAGGUCCUGCUCGACCACGGAGCCUCACAGACCAGAAUGACAAAGAAAGGGUUCACCCCAAUCCACGUCGCUGCCAAGUACGGUAAAAGGCAGGUUAUGGAACUGCUGCUUCAGCGAGGCGGUCAGCCCAACGCUGCAGGAAAGAACGGACUGACCCCGCUCCAUGUGGCCGUUCACCACGACAACCAGGACAUUGUGAAGCUUCUCCUCGACCAAAAUGCAUCUCCGCAUGCCACGGCACGGAACGGCUACGCCCCACUACACAUCGCCGCCAAGCAAAACCAGACGGAGAUAGCGAGGGUCCUGUUGGAGCAUGGAGCCUCGGCCAACACGGAGUCCUUUCAGGGGAUGACACCUUUGCACCUGGCAGCACAGGACGGCCACAUGGAGAUGGUCAACUUGCUCCUCGGCAGUGAAGCAGAUACCAACCUGAGCAGUAAGAAUGGCCUGACACCGCUACAUCUUGUGGCCCAGGAAGACCGUGUUCCAGUGGCUGAAGUACUCACCAAUCAUGGGGCAUCUCCUGAACCAAUGACAAGGUCUGGGUACACACCACUGCAUAUGGCCUGUCACCAUGGAAACAUUAACAUGGUGAAGUUUCUGCUCCAGAACCAGGCGAACGUUAAUUGCAAAACCAAGAUCGGACACACGCCCUUGCAUCAAGCUGCACAGCAAGGCCACACAGAUGUCGUUACACUCCUCUUAAAGCACGGAGCAUCUCCAAAUGAAACUAACAUGAAUGGAAGCACGGCGUUAGCGAUCGCAAAGCGGCUUGGGUACAUCUCCGUAACGGACGUGUUAAAGAUUGUCACUGAUGAGAACAUGAGCGCAACUGUCACUGAGAAGCACCGGCUGAGUUUUCCCGAAACAGUUGAUGAAACCUUGGAUGUAUCGGAGGAUGAAGGAGAAGAUGUCCUUGGAGUAGAUGCAAACAAGUACCUGAAACAGGAUGACUCGAAAGAGCCAGAAGAUGACUACCUAUCUGCAAAGAAGACAUCUGAUUUUGAUAUAUCUUACUCUCCUGCUGUACACAGAAUGUCAUUUGCUGCACCAGAAGUCUUGGCUGCAAAGGAUCAGAUCACAGUUCAGGCGGAGCAGCAGCAGGCUUCCAUCUCCCUGUCUAAGGACCUUGACGAGGAUUCCUUCACUCCCAGCAGCCCGGCCACCGAGACCUCUGACAACAUCAGCCCAAUAGCCAGCCCCAUCCACACAGGCGAACUCAGCAUUCCUGUUGCAACAAUGUACGAUAGCACGACCUCUAUUGACAGUGCCACCAUGGUCCAUCAUGGUAGUGAAUCCACCAGCAGUCCAGCUGUGGAGACAUCCCCUUGUAUCACACCUCAUCCUAAUCCUGUCAGGUCCAGAUUUUUGGUGAGCUUCAUGGUGGACGCCCGGGGAGGCUCCAUGAGGGGCAGCCGACACAACGGGAUGCGCGUCAUAAUACCGCCGCAGACUUGCAAUGCCCCCACGCGCAUAACCUGCCGGCUGGUGAGGUCGCAGAAGCUGGUGAGCCCGCCGCCACUGGUGGAAGGAGAAGGGCUGGGAAGCAGGGUGAUGGCGCUGGGGCCAGCUGGCACCCGCUUCCAGGGCCCAGUCAUUGUGGAAAUCCCACAUUUUGCCUCAGUGGAACACACGGACCGGGAGCUGGUGGUCCUGCGGAGUGAGAACGGGUCAACGUGGAAGGACCACCUGAACUACUGUGAAUCGGAACAACUGGAGCAGCUGCUGAGUGGAAUGGAUGAAGACCUGGACUCCCCGGAAGAGCUGGAGCGGAAACGGGUUUGCCGCAUCGUCUCCAUGGACUUCCCACUCUACUUUGCGAUUGUUUCCCGGAUCAGGCAGGACACCGAGUGGAUCGGGCCCGAAGGUGGAGUGGUGUGCAGCACGCUCGUACCCAAGGUGCAGACCACGUUCCCCCCAUCUGCGGUGAUCAAGAGAGUCCGCCUGGGCCUUCAGGCUCAGCCGAUUCCCGACGAGCUGGUGACAAAGCUGGUGGGCAACCAGGCAACGUUCAGCCCAAUUGUCACGGUGGAGCCCCGGAGAAGGAAAUUCCACAUCCCAAUCGGUCUUCGGAUCCCAUUGCCGCCCUCGUGGAGGAACAACCGGCAGAAUACCUGUGAAGGAGACGAGACCAGCCUCCGGUUGCUAUGCAGCGUUAUAGGUGGAACGGGGACUGCUCAAUGGGAAGACAUCACGGGAACCACCAAACUUAUCCAUGCAAACGACUGUGCAAAUUUCACCACCAAUGUGUCAGCAAGGUUUUGGCUGGCGGACUGUCCUCGGACUGCAGAGGCAGUGAACUUUGCCACCCAAAUCUACAAUGAGUUGAUGGCUGUGCCCUACAUGGCCAAGUUUGUGGUGUUUGCCAAGAUGCACGAUGGGAGAGAUGGCCGCCUGCGAUGUUACUGCAUGAGCGAUGACAAGGUGGACAAGACCCUAGAGCAACACGAGAACUUCACUGAAGUGGCAAGGAGCAGGGACAUUGAGGUCCGAGAAGGAAUGCCACUGUACGUGGAAUGUUCCGGCAACAUUGUGCCUGUGAGGAAAGCAGGACAGCAGCGGUGUUUCAACUUCCAUUCAUUUAAAGAAAACCGCCUCCCCAUCACCAUAAAGGUGAGGGAUCUCAGCAAAGAGCACACUGGUCACAUCUCCUUCCUUCGAAAGCCAACAAAAUACGAAGAACAACAGCACAUCAUCUGUAACCUAAACAUCACCAUGCCCCCCUGUGUGAAGGUCGACGGAAGUGAGGAGCGGCGAAGGAACCUGACCCCUCUGGCCCUGCGCGAGCGGUACAGCACGUUAACCGAGCCAGCAAUAGCCUCCCUGAGUGCUUGGGAACGCACAGAAAUGAAGAUGUCUCUGAUAGCUGAGCAGCUCGGUCUCAGCUGGGCAGAGUUGGCGAGGGAGUUGCAGUUCUCGGUCGAUGACAUCAACAGGAUCCGAGUGGAAAAUCCCAACUCACUGCUGGAGCAGAGUGCUGCCCUUCUCAAUCUGUGGGCCAGUCACGAGGGAAAGAGAGCCAAAAUGGAGAGUUUACAUUUGGCGCUGAAGAAUAUCGACCGCAGUGACAUAGUGAGUAUACUGGAAGGGUCCAGUUUGAAUAUCCACCCUCUGAAAGGGAAUAAAAAGCACACAGAAAGAGACCAAAGCCUUUCUCCAGCUGUGAAUGGUUUCACCACAGUACAGGAUGAGAUGCUAUCACCUGCUUCGCUUCAGUAUACGAUGCCGUCUCCACUUCAAGCUGACCAGUUCUGGAAUGACGUCACGAGCCUGGAUGUUAACCCCAGUGCACGCACUGACAACGAUUCCCUGAUGGAGAUGUCCGACGUCAAUGUCUGGUCGUCGGGCGCAAAGCCGCCCCUGGUGGUAGCUGAAGACUCCUCCCUGGACUACAGCAAGGCCGAUGAAUCAUUUCAGGCCGAAGGACUGAGUUCCUUUAACCUCACUGAGGAGGACACAGCCGAUUCAGAUGCCAUCAAUGGGCUGAUAGAUAUGCUCGACAAUGAAGGUGGUCAGAGGUCAGAGAUGACAGAAGGAGGGACUCCAACCAAGCUGGCAGAGGAGGUGAAUACAGAGAAUGGCAUUUCUAUAAUUUCAGGGCAACAGAGUGCACACGACAGAUGGACAGGGUCACCAACACUGAGACGAGCAACGCCCAACAUCCAACAGCCAGACCUGAAUAUGGAAAGCUCUGAAGCACUACCUUACACUGUGUCAUACCAAACAACCCAGGAGGAGAAAGGGGGGGUCCCUGAGUUCGAAGGGGCUUCGGUGAUGACCUCAAAUUCGGAGCCCUGGAAACCUGGCUUCAUUGCAUCGCAGAAGGAGGCUUGGGCCGAGGUCCUGAAGCAGUGGCCUGCCGAGAGCUUGACCCACGUUAUAAAGCAAAGUCCGAGCAGAAUGCAGACUGAGGAGAGGCACGCGCAGCUGGUGGAACUCACGGAGCAGAAGCAGUCACCUCCCUUCUUGCUUCGGAAAGAUGUACAGGGCUCCCUUUGUUCAACCCCUGGCAGCUCGACAGUUCAGCAUGUGGUUGAUCCGCGCAGCAGUUGGAUAACUGUGGAGGAGGAGGUGGUGAAUUCGAGCGAGGAGGGUGAAGAAGCAAAGAACAUUCCAGGUGAAUCGGUGACAGAAGAGCAGUUUGUCGAUGAAGAUGGCAACAUCGUCACUAAGAAGGUUGUCCGAAAGGUUGUCCGAAGGCUCGCCCCCGGCGAAGGGAAGGGAGAGACAGUGGAGGUGCUGCUCCCAGAUCCAUCCGACCUAGAAAAUGCAGCAGAAAACUUAACAAAGUACAACAUAUUAACACGAGACAGCACAAGCAGUAAGAUAGGAGAGAGGGAUAGUGCCUUGUACAGUGAGUGGAUUCAUGGUCGAAUGGGCGCACAGAUUGUGAAGAAAAUCAGCUCGCACAUGAAUACGCCAAAGCAGUGAUUUAGGGAUUACAUAAAGGAUACCGUAACUACAACACGGCCUUGAGAGGAGGAAGCAGACAGACUGGGGGCUGUGAGAGAAAAAGACUUUACAUUAGGCUACAGGCAUGAUUUCUAUAAGAGAGUUACUAUUAUCAAUUAGCAUGAUUGACUGCCAAAGCAUGUACUCUAUUGUACCGCCUAAAGGACUGAAUGAUUACUAUUGGCACAAAGCUGGGAGGCACGCCACCAACAGAAUAAGCCGGAAGAACGCCCUGGAAGCAGGGCCGCAUCCGAACAGCAAUAUCAAAACAAAAUUCAGUCGCUUUACCACUCAUGUUUUUAAUUGGGUUUUAACUAGCGAGUGGAGUUUCCAAUACAGUUGUUUUGCUGUCUGUGGUUAACUUAAUACUAUGCAAAAACAGCAAUGCACUGCAAUAUACUCAACAGCUGUCAGGGUAGGUACCAGACCAGCUGUCUAAAAAACAACUUUAGUUUGCAUUAAUGCUUUCCUGUCCCUCCUCCCAUCCCACCUUUUGCUCGCUCACCGCUAAUCCUUAGAGGACAAAUUGUGCUUUGCGGCUUUUAAAUUCUGUUUCUCUAUUUUUUUAAAGAAUUUUUUUUCUGUUGAGAUUUGUGUUUGGUUUGAAUAUCGUCCUACUCCAGAAGAGGGCAGCUUUCUAUGUUCGAUGUACGUAUUAAACAGUAAAGAGCCACUGUGUGAGUCUCUGUGAACCCUUAACUUAAAGCCUGCUCAGUAUUGGACCAGACGGUGUCGGUUUUUGAUCUCAUACGAACUAAACACGGGAGGUUUAAUUUCCCCUGUUCAACCACUUGGUUAACCUACUUUGAGCAACAUUUCUCCACCUUUGCAGCAUGAAGGACAUUCAACAUAAAUACUUUAUAACCGGAAGAAUUCUUAAUUUUUUUUAAACGUGAGCCUAUUUUUCAGUUUGGCGUUGUCUCUCAAUAUCUGGUAUGGUUAUUACUUCAGGUUUCCCAGUACUGUUCAUCACCAGCAGCACGGGCUUCAAAACUCAAGUUGUGAUGCCCUCUAAAUCCCCACCUUGCGGGAAUCAUUUUGGAACGCACAUGACUGCUUGUUCCCGACUCUCCGGCACAUUGCAAACCUGUGCAGCCAAACACUGCUUGAUGAUUAAACCCCAUUCACAGUCCCUUAGACUGGGUGGUUAAUAUGCCACUCCCAUUCUGAAAGGAAUUUUAUCAUUCUUUAUCAAAAUAUGGGCAAGGCAGGCCACACCUGUUGAGCAAGUGAGCAUUACCAUGGAAAAGUUCAGAGCUGGCUGCAUUGGUUUGUGACAAGAUUUCUGGGUAGGUUAGGUCAAAACAAGGACACUGAUGAUUCAAUCGAAUGUUUAUGAUAAUCUGACAGCAUCAUGGGGAUUUUUACUGCUGCCUACUUUACAUUUCCAAAGUUUUAAAUAUUGAAUUUAAAUUCUGAAACGAUUACUCUAAGUGGUACUCCCGAUGCAGCCUCCUCUACAUUGAUGAGACCCAUCAUAAAUUGGGCGACUGCUUUGUUGAGUGUCAAAAGUAGAAUUUCCCAAUGGUCAAACAUUUUAAUUCAUCUUCCCAUUCCUUGUCCGACAUAUCGAUCCAUGGAUUCCUCUUUUGCCACAGUGAGGUGGAGGAGCAACUCUUCAUAAUCCAUUUGGGUAGCCUGCAAUCUGAUGACAUGAACAUAGAUUUCUCCUUCUGGUAAUUUCCCCCUCCCUCUUUGCUCUUCUAUUUUCCAGUCUGGCUUCUUACCUCUUCUCAACAGCUGCCUAUCACCUCCCCCUGGUGCCCCUCCUCCUCUUUCUCCCAGAGUCCAUUCCCCUCUCCUAUCAGAUUCCUUCCUCUCCAGCCCUUAUUUUCCCACCUACCUGGCUUCAUCUGUUAACUUCUAGCUAUCCUCCUUCCCCCUCCCUGCCCCACCUUUUUACAGUGGCGCCUUCCCCCUUCCUUCCAAGAAGCGUCUUGGCCUGAAACGUCGACUGUUUAUUCAAUUCCAUAGAUGCUGCCUGACCUGCUGAGUUCCUCCAGCAUCUUGCUUUGGAUUUCCAGCAUCUGCAGAAUCUCUUGUGGUUUUGAAACUAACCAGCAGUCAUGCUACUUAAGAGAUCUUAAGAACUUUCUUAGAGCAAAUUCUCAUUACUUGAGCUCUGCAUCAAGUAAUCAUUAGCAUCAUUACCUGAUGCCAAUGGUAAUAGAUAUGAACUAACUAUUACCAUUGGCAUCAAUCCCAUUGCUUGCCUGAAUGGAUGCUGAAUUUUUUGCUCAGGAAUGUCUGUCCAACAGUUAAUUUGUCCAAUUAACUGGAGGUUUCCACAUUCUCCCUUCCUCCUUUGGCCUCUGGUUUGAGUACUUCCUGUUUACCAACACGUAGGUAUGUGUCUACCUCGAACGUGGCAGCUUGAUAGCUGCGGUAUUUCUUUUCACAGAUGGGACUGGUUUAGUUUACUUUGGUCAGCAUGGCCAAACCUGCCUGCCUCUAAUUUAGAGAGCAGUGCAAGAGGUGUAAAUGGUAACAGGCUUGGCACGGGUUGGGUCUGCCCACUAGUGUGACUACAGGUAAUUUUGUAGGAGCUGGGCUGUCCCUGAAAAAAAUAUGGAGAGAAGUAGUAGUUCUGCGAUCCCUCGAGUUAAGUAGGAUGUUCUCCUAAAGGGUUGUCUAAUGGUGGGUCUUCAGGUGACUGCAGAGGCUGAUGCAUUAUCCUCAUAUUCUGCCUCUGCGUGAUUUUAUUUAACGUGGGGAGGCUCUAGCGCAGGCAAAUGCCACAAGGUCCUUGACAAAUCAGGGUCAGGGUCCGGUGGCAUGAAAUGCAAGAAAACUGGGGAAUCCUUCACUGUUGCAGUCUUCUUCUGCCUUCAGUGGCUUUGUGAUGUGUCAUCAUCUUCUGCCAGCUCCACUACAGAGAUCCUGCUGGGAUCGCCCUUUGUCUGCUACCUCUCCAUUGACUUACCGCCCGAGGUGACCCCACCAGGAGCUAAACUCCCGAGGGCAUUGCUCACGGGAUCUGAGGAGCUCCAGAGUCUCUCCACCACGAGGUGCCAAUCCUCAGAGAAGUAGAGAGCAGCGCAAGAGGGGUCAAUGGUAACAGACUUGGCAUGGGUUGGGCUCGUCCUUUGGUCCAGCCAUAGGUGAUGCACCAGCAAAGUUUGCUGGGAAUGGGAAUCAGGGAAGCUUCAGAAGCACAUAGGUGGCAGGUCCAUUGUCAGAAUUAGCCCUACCCUUGAGUAACAUCACUUACGAUGGGGGUGAAAGCGAAACUGGACUUGAACAUGAAGUUGAGUUUGUUAUAUAGGCUGUCAGUGCUGACAGCAUUAAUAUUUUGCACUUGUUUGCCUCAAAUAGCAUUUAUUAUCCAGGCAAUAACUCCAUCAAAUUAGAGCUUUGUGUCCAAUUGGCUUGAACUGGUGACUCUGAUCUGAACAGAGUUUACAGAUAACUACGCUCAUCAGGUAACUUGGUACACAGUGGCAAUAUCUCCAGCUGAACGGCAAGAGGUAGUGAUUGGGGUGACCAUGAGAACAGGGUGGGCCACAUCUUCUGUAAAGACAAAGAGAGAGCCUCGCACUGACUGCAGCCUCUUCCACAAACUUUAGAAAUCCCAAAUCACACAAACCCAAUCAAACACCUUUGAAGUGUGUCACUGCUGUAAAAUAGGAAACAGAUCGAUUAAUGUGCACACACAGGAAGCACCCCAAGCUGUAAAAUAAUAAUGAUCAAUGAAUCUUUCACUGAUGUUAAUGGAAAGUUAUCUAUUAACAAGGACAAAAGGGAGAACUCCCUGAAAUACUUCAAGAACAGCACAGAAUCCUUUAGAUCCUGCCGCAGGAACAGAUAGAGCCCCAGCCUGAUGUCUGAUUUAUGUAGCAUUGUCUCAUAGACGGUGCUCAGGUGGGAGGUGUGAUUGAAUCCUGAUAAACAGGCUUCAUUGCAGCCGUGUUAGCUGCCAGGGUAAGGUCAUGCUUGCCCGAGACCCAUUUUCUGUUCCUUGUGGGAGGUGACUUCUUACACCACACGUUGUUAGUAAUGCAGACUGCAGAUGCUUGAAUCAGGAGCAACACACGAAAAGCUGUAGGAACUCAGCAGGUGAAAUAUGGGCUGACCUAGUCCAGAUGAAGGACUUCGAUCUGAAAUGCUGGUUGUCCAUUUCCCUUCAUUAAUACAGCCUGGCCUGAGUUCAUCCAGCUUUCUGUGUGUUGCUAGUAAUGAGACUGUACCUGAAACAAGGAGUUUUGUCUUGGAGUAUCUGAUUGGACCUCUAAGAAGGGAAGGUAAUCCAGCUGAUGUGUAAAGUAUGACAGAGAAUGUGUGGGAGGGGAGUAGUGCAGUAGUGUGACCCUCACAGUGACCUUCCACACAUUCCGCCCUAUGUGGUCUGCCUCCAAAAUCUAACAAAGCAAAUCAUGCUCAGGUAGCCACCUAAUACUACGAGCUCAGAUCCCUCCUCCAGCAAUGUAAUGGACAUGUGUGCAAAGUCCACCACUGGUUUCCUACAUGCCCAGAGAAAAAAGAUCUUCUCCUUGACCAGUCUGAAGAUAGCUGUUUAUCACAGAGCCUUGGGGAACCUCUCCCGAACACACCUGUGAAGGUGCAAGCGCACAUUGGCCCCACAGGCUCAGAUGCAGUGAGGGUGUCCAUGUCUUCAUCCAGUGUGGGGUUGUGAUGUUGCUGUAAAUAGUUGACACUGCACCACUUGACCUCACCUGUACACUUUGGCUUCAAACGUCCCUCGCUGCUGAGAAUGGAGAGCCCUCAGAUCUCCUAGACCAGACAAAAAUAGAAACUCCACCAGUGAGUAGGUAGUGCAACAGGGAAAUCUAAAACCGGAGGACACAGUGUCAGAAUACAAGGAAGUCCCUUUAGAACAGAGAUGAGGGGAGGGUGAUGAAUCUGUGGAACCCAUUUCCACAGAUGACUGUGGAGGCCAAGUCAUUUUAUUUAAAGCAGAAGUUGAGAGGUGAUUGAUUAGAAAGACAUUAAAUGUUACAGGAAGAAGACAGGAGAAUAGAGUUGAGAGGGGCAUGAUGGAAUGGCAGGGCAAACUUGAUGGGCCAAAUGGCCUAAUUAAUGUGCGGUUUAAAGUGACACUGGGGUUGGUGAGCAUGCGGUUACGAGUAGUCUGUGGGCAAGUGAUACUUGAUGCACAUGAACCAUGUGCCUUAGAGCCCCAAGGAAUGCACCUAGUAUAAGCAAUUUUGAUAGCCCCAACUUUCUGCAGAUGGUGUGAUCUUACAGCACCACUUUCACCAGUAAGUCGGUAAUUUUGCAGCAGAUUUGUAUAGGGCAGGGUUUCUGUCUACCCAAGCCAUCUCCUGCCAGGUGAAUGGAAGAGGAGCUGAUCUUCAAAGACACCAGGAGCCUCCAGGAGGAAUGAAGCUGCUCGGGUAGGGAAGAUCCAGUGUCUGAGAACGUGUUCCCUUCCCCUGCAGACGAGCCCACAAACAUUGUAUUUGCAUUGCACUCUGUUUGGUGCCAAUUCAAACAGCCAGUGACCUCCACCUGACCAGCACACCACAUCAAAUUACUAAUAUCAUGUAAGUAUAUAUAGCGAAUAAAGUUGAUGUUUGAUCUUUGAUUACCAUGACUGGAUUUUCAAUGAAAGGCCAUGGAGUGGCAAUGAAAACAUUCUGCCCCGUGGCAAAAUCUCUGGGCCACUUAGUUUGACUGAUGCUAGAUCAGAACAUGGAGAACUCCUCUGAUACUUGAAUUAUCACUGCAAGAUCUCUUGUGUUCACCGAGGAGAGCAGGUGAGACUCCAGGCUCCUCCUCUGAAAGGUGUCUGCUCGGACAUCACAGAUUGCCCUCAGAUCUACAACAGAGUGGUGUACGCAGAUGGGCCUGGGGCAGUUACCAUCAUGACCCCUGAACCACAGGCAUUUCACAAUGUAAAAUCUUAUUUUCACUUGUCCAGCACAAUUGCAAAAAACGUUGAGUGAGAUAUUGUUAUUUUUUUAAUGGUCUACCACAAUCGCAAAAAUACUUUCACUUUAUUAGGUGGCUCCUGUACCUAAUGAAGUGGCCACUGAGUGUAUGUUCAUGGUCUUCUGCUGCUGUAGCCCAUUCAUCUCAUUGUUCCACAUGUGUGUUCAGAGAGGUUCUUCUGUGCACCACUGCCGGAACACAUGAUUAUCUGAGUUACUGUCGCCUUCCUAAUAGCUUGAACCAGUCUGGCCAUUCCCCUCUGCCCUCUCUCAUUAACAAGGCAAAAACUACCAUUCGGUGGACAUUUUUUUUUUGUUUUCUCACACCAUUCUCUCUAAAUUCUGGAGACUGGUGUACAAGAAAACCCCAGGAGAUCAGCAGUUUCCAAGAUAUUCAGACCACCUCAUCUGGAACCAACAAUCAUUCCACAGGCAAAGUCACUUUGAUCACAUUUCCUUCCAUUCUGAUGUUUGGUCCAAACAACAUCUGAACCUCUUGACCAUGUGUGUAGGCUUUUCUGCAUUGAAUUGCUGCUACAUGAUUGGCUGAUUAGGCAUUUACAUUAACGAGCAGGCGUACCUAAUAAGGUGGCCACUACGUGUACCUCCAGUUAAAAGUCAGACAGUAUUGGAUUUUCCAAGGUCAGCAAAGCCCCAGUAACAAACAAGGUUCCAAUACUAGGCGGAAACAGACAUUGGUCCAGCUGCCUCUCUUACAGUAGGCUGAGCUCUUACCUGUUACUUCGGAGCCACCAAGGACGUCACAAGUACCAGCAAGUCUGCAGAUCCUGGAAAUCCAAAGCAACACACACAAAAUGCUGGAGAAACUGAUUUCCUCCAGCAUUUUGUGUAUGCUCCUCCACCAAGGAUAUCCAUUCAUCACUUUGAUGCAGCCAAUGAGUUUGAGUGAAUUCUGUUCCCAUUAUUUUCUCUGGACUACUAAAUCCUUCCCUGAUGCAUCUGUCUUGUGGGUUCCUGUCUCUUAGUUGAUGCCAUAUUGCGAAGCACAAGAAGGCACUGGAUGUUUGUGCAUUGCAGCCGAGUUGCUGGACUUAGAGCAGUGAACAGACCUUGUGUUAUUCAAUUAACACAGACCUAUGCCUGGCAGCUUCUCUCUUGGUUAAUUGAAUGCAGUGUCCGGGGUGUAAGCACCAAUUCCUCCACAAAGACUCUGUCCCAGCCAAUCUGGGGCCAGCAUCUCUGGAAGAUACUACCAGAAUGAUGCACCAUCAAUAACUCACUCUGAGACGUAAAGGCGAGAUAUCAGCUUUUAUUGACUGGAACAAGGAACAAGCAGUGAGUGACCACCAUACUACAUCCUGGAGACUGAGAGGCCGGGCUCAGGCCUUGAUCGCCUUUAUACAGGGGUCUGUGGGAGGAGCCACAGGAGCAGUCAGCAGGGGGGGUGUCCAGACAGGUACAUGUAGUUCACCACACAGAAUGCACCUUAUUGGCCUCUUUCUAGGACAUGUGCAUUUGCUCCUUUACAAACCAUGACGCAGUUCAACUAAAUACUGACCACAGCAGGCAGUUAUACCAAACCGCUGACAAGGAGAAUGCAGGAGUAAGAAAGCCAGAAGCGAUACCUUGCAAUCUGUUUGCAGUUUUUUAUCCCCCCCCACUCCUCAAAGAGCCUCCAACCAUAACCAAAAUGGAAUCAGCCUUUACCCCCACUGUACAAUGUUGAAAGAUCCCUAUUCGUGGCCUGUGUGAAUUAAUCCACACAAGGAAAAGCAGCCUUUAGGUGGUCUGGGCUUCAGAUAUUUGAACUAAAAGAAUAUGCACAAAUGCACACUAGUUCAGGACGAGCUUUGCCACCAUCUUCACCUUCUGACAGGGAUAUAAGGGCUUUUGCCUUCUGACGCUACGCAGCCAGACAACAAAGAGCUGCCGGUGAUGUGGUGUCCUUCACUGAUGGUGGAGGGCAGAAACUGCUGCAAUAAAUGGUACUGAUCAAGGAGAGUUACCAGCUUCAGUUGGAAAAAAAAGUGAAGUGAUAGUGAUGAGUGAGAAUUAUUUGGAAAUGGUAGAUGAACACAUCUUACCCCCUUUCUUUCCAGUCCUGAUGAAAGGUCUCCACCCGAAAUGUCGACUGUUUAUUCCUCACCAUAGAUGCUGCUGAGUUCCUCCAGCAUUUUGUGUGUGUGUAUGUGUGUGUUGCUAUGGAUUUCCAUCAUCUGCAGAAUCUCUUGUGUUUACACCUCUAAAGAUCCACAAAUAUUUCAUUGGAUUUUAGCACAGCCUAAUGGGAUUACGUACACGUACCUCGUUAAUCUACUUUCAUUGUUCCCUGAGUGGGGAACUCAAAGCCCCAGCAUUUAUUUCCUCUAGUUAAACUCUUGAAUGUUUAGAAGAUGAGGAAGCAUGGACUAAGAGAACACCUUCCUCUUCUGGUUAUGUGUUGGGCGUUUGCAGGCUGUAAAAUGCCACAGGCUGUCAGAGAUCCCGUAUUGCACCAUGUCAUGGAGGAACUGCAAAUCCAUGUAAGCAUUAAACCAAGGCCCAAAGCUAUUCUAAAUUAAAGUAUUGAUUAUGAGGAAAAGAGGUGAAGGCUUUCUAUUUUAUUUUUAAUUUCUGUUUAGAGAUACAAAGAGCUGCUGGUGAUGUGGUGUCCUUCAGUAACGGUGCAGAGCAGAAACUGCUGCAGUAAGCAGUACUGGUCAAGGAGAGCUGGAAUACGAGACCCAGCCCAUUGGCUAAUUACCCCCAUAUGACAAAUUAACCUUCUAACCCCCACGUCUUUGGAAUGUGGGAGGAAACCCACCCGGAGAACAUACAAACUCCUUCUAGACAGCGGCAGGAAUUGAACCAGGAUUGCCAGCGCCAUAUUAGCGUUAUGCUAACCACUAUGCUACCAUGCCCCCCCCCCCCAAACUAACAAAAUCCUUUAUGUCUGAAUCUGGAGAGCAUGAAAGCCUUUCACUUGAAACCAGAUUCUCGACGUUAGUCAGGCUAUUAGCUUGCCAUGAUUAAAAAGCACACCUAGCCAUGGGCUGCAUUAAUUGACCUAGAUGAAAAGAAUGCACAGAUGCAGAGAGACAAAGGAAGAAUAUUAGCCUCCUAAAGCUGUGACUCGAAAAGCCUUUCACCCUUCCCCAUUCUUCCCACAAGGAAAGUCCUGCUGAAUCCCUGCUUCGUAAGUCGAGGAAAUGAUCUACAGUAAGCUUUUCUGUCUUUUAUUGUGUAUCAUACUUUUAUUUCCUCUGAAUUUGUACCUAACUCCAUGCAGGUGGGGUUCACAGGCUAAACAGCUGCAUUAAAAUCUCUGGACUCUUUUGGGUUCAGAAGAAUUCACAAACCGUAAAGUACAAGGAUCAAUCACGAGGCGAAAUGGGAAAUCUCCUGUGGUAAUUGUAUACAACUGAAAGAGAUCCUACAGUUCACUUAUAGCAAUAAUACGAUGAACGCACCCCAGCUCCUUUGCACACCUUGAACCUGUGUUUGUAGACUUGUAGGUUUGGACGUUCCAUCAGCCCAGCACCCCUCCGCUCUGGGUUAAAAUCAGCAAUCCAGGUCAGCGCCUGAGAUCUCUAAGGGUACAGAUGAUGGCUCUGGCAAGUAACAGGAUACCCCUGUUCAAAACGGCAGUUUUGCAGAGGCUCAGUGACGACCUACGAUGAGGAGGAGGAGUGUCAUCAAGGCCUGCGUGGUGGGAGCACGGGUUGUACACAAGUGGGGGGGUGAUGGCGGGAGUGGUUGAGAAAGGGCACUGUCACUGUCAGAGCAAGUGGAGAGUGAAAGGGUGGUAGGUGGAGUACAAGCUGAUUUGGAUUUGUAUUAAUCUUAUAGCAUCUCACUGUAAGAAAUGCUUCAGCAUUUGCACAGAACUUGUAUCAAGCAUCAGCAGGAAUGUUUAGCACUGUGACUGCUCAUCAGGUUCAAAGCUAUGGCUGUUUAGAUAUUAAACUGUAGAAUGCUGAUAAUCAGUGAAAUCUCUCUGGCACAGCUUUUUAGAAUUUUACCAAUGCCUCUUGGGUUUUUUUUUAAAUCGUUGUUGUGAAGACAAGCCUUUUAAAUUAGAUUUACCUGUAUCAAAGAAUUGUAUAAAGAAAACAAGUUUAACAGAAAAGCCAUUUCUCUGUACACCAGCUGAAUACUUCAAAAAUAAAUUAAAGGAGUUAU